CAGCUCAACAGAAGUGAGAUCUACUUGGAAGAGCAUCAUUUUUGUAGUUUUCUAAGUAAACACAAGCCCGAAACUACAUUAGAAAAAUGGAAGUCUUCUUUGGAACAUGGAAACUCGUCAAAAAAGUGAACUUUGAUGAGUACUUGGUAGCAAUUGGUAUUUUACAUGAAAUGAACAAUGAUGUGAUUAAACCAACUGACACUUUUUACCAAGAUGGCGAACAUAUGGUCUUCACAAUAAAGAACAGCCACUUUACCAGAGAUGUGAGGUUCAAACUGGAUGAGGCAUUCUAUGAGGAUACCAAGGAUGGGAGACUCUGCCAUAGUGUCAUAAGCCUUAAGGGAGGUCAACUGGUACAGGUACAGAAGUGGGAUGGAAAAGAAACCACGAUUAUCCGUGAGAUCAAGGGUAGCAACAUGAUUAUGACAUUGAAAUUUGAUGGCGUGGAAGGAGUGCGCAUCUAUGAGAAAGUUUAACCGUUAAUCAGUGAUCUUCUUUGCCCUUUCUUCUACACUGGCCUGCAUUCUGAAAUACCUUUCAGGAAGCAAAUAAUGUUACACAUAUAACUUUAAGCUUAAUUGAUUGCAAUACUAAUAAAUCAAUCAAUAAAGGACUGACGAACAACAUCCUCAGCCAGUUAA